AUGAACAACACAAUUUUUUCCAAAGUAUUUAACAAUACGAUUUUAAACAGAUUGAUAUUUGAAAAAGUUAGAUCGAUAGGUGUCACCAUUAACGAUGGUCAGCCAAUUAAAGCAUACAAAUGGAAUCAACUAUUAAAGCAACCAAUCAUUUUGAUAACUUACAAUUAUCUCGAUUUACUCAAGUUAUAUUUCAAUGACAAGAGCAAUCCAAGAGACACUCUAUCGGAAAACUCUCUUUUUAGAAAAGCAAUAAAGUGUGGUAGUUUGGAGAUGUUUAUUUAUCUUUUGGAAGUCUACAAUUACUUUAGAAAUCCAAAGGGCAUGUUGAAUUCCAAUCUAUUCCUUGCAUGUAUAGGUGAUCGAUUCGAUAUCGUUCAGUACAUAUUCAAACAAUUCAAAGGUUUCGAUUGGAUGUAUAAUGAAGCAAUCGCUAAUGCACCACUGUCUGGGAAUCUACAACUACUCAAGUAUCUUUUCGAGCAAGUGGAGUCAUCCAGACAACAAUGUCCACUACAUUAUUUGAAGAGAGCAUUUAUUAAUUCUUCAUCUGUGGGCAAUGUUGAAAUGUUGCAAUUCCUAAAAUCAAAAUGCAAUGGAUAUGAUCCACCUGACACCAUUAUGGAAAGUUUUAGGCAAUCAAUCGGAAAUGGUCAUUUUGAAGCGGUUGAAUAUCUACUGGGAGAGUACCAACAAUCAUUGGAUGAAGAUAGUCAUCUUGUAGAGUUGGCACUUGAAAAUAAUCAUAUAGAGAUAUUUAAACUGUUGCUACGAUACAAUGUAAGGUAUUUCCCUCAGCUUUCAGUGUGUGCUGCACGUCACAGUUUUGAAAUGUUUCGAUGGGUGUGUGAGAAUACCACUGCUAAUCCGACAAAUUGGAAUAUACAACACACUGUGCAGGCAGUAUUCUCUGGCCAACUCGAUACAGUCAAAUGGAUACAUGAGAAUACAAACGCACCUUGGGAUCAUAUGGCGAUGGAUAUUGCAGCUGGAAAAGGGUACGUCGAAAUUCUCGAGUGGCUCCAUCACAAUCGAACAGAAGGUUGUUCAAAAAUUGCAAUCAUCAAUGCAAUACAGAAUGGACACUUGAAUGUUCUGAAAUUCAUGCUUACAAACCGAACGAAUGUCACAAUUACCUGGGAUGUUGAAGUAACUGCCAAUUUAGAAUUACUUCAAUGGUUGUAUGCCAAUAGCACUGAAGAACUCUCAACGUUUGUCCCUGAUUCCGCCGCCUACAAAGGACAUUUAGACAGUUUAAGAUGGCUUCAUGAAAACACAACAGAACGAUGCAGUCAAAAUAUUGUCGCUACUCUUGCAAGAGUCGGUGAACUCGAAUCGAUCAAAUAUCUCCAUGAGUUCAACAAGUUGUCGAGAUACUAUGUUUUUGACACAACGACAAUGGAUAUUGCGGCAAGUAAUAGACAGUUCCCAGUCGUCGAGUGGUUAUUUGAAAAUCGUUCGGAGGGAUGCACUAUCGAUGCUCUUAAAAUUUCAAUUGAACAUGGUCAAAUCGAAGCAGUUCGAUUACUCUUUGAAAACAGAGAGACUCUCAACCUGGAUAUUAAAACAUUGAAUGUCGUAAAACUUGUAGAUGGUCUUAUCCAAGAGAAUUUCUAUCAGACUCUUGAGUAUCUACUCGACAACAUUCCAUUAUCAAAAGAUCAACUCAUCGAAAUACAACAAUCGGUAUCAUUUGAAGAAUCGCAUGAAUCAAUCAAUGUUAUUAUUUCAUUUAUCGAAAAAUUAAAAUAA